AAUCACCCGGAAAAGAAAAAAUGCUAUGUUGGUUUCUAGUUCGUGCUAGUAGCAGCUAGACAGAAAGAAAGAUAACAACUAGACGUAUUUGACUCUGCGGCUAGAGAAAUUUCGCGGUCUCGUUUUCUUCGCUGCUUGCUGGCUUUAAUCCUUCCAAUUGGAUAUAAUCUUCACAGGCCAAAGAGGAGCGAUCGAAGCUUGCUAUUGACGCAAAACAAUUACCAUGGAGCUUGCCAUUGCCGCUGCCAGCGGCAGCUUGGUCGUCACCGGCUUGAGGUGCAGGACGACAGGUUCUGCUGCUGCUGCGGAUGUCGCAUGGCGAGUGACUUCCACUGCCAGGCUUUGCAGGAGGGCGAUGGCAUCCGGGCGUGCAGCCAGGCUGAUGGUAUCACAGGUAUCUGCAGCAGGUUGCAAGACAUGCAAAGGAAAGGGUGCAGUAGAAUGCCCAGGGUGCAAGGGGACCGGCAAGAACAAGAAGAAUGGAAACAUUUUCGAGAGAUGGAAGUGCUUCGACUGCCAAGGAUUUGGGCUCAAGAGCUGCCCCAGCUGUGGCAAAGGCGGCCUCACACCCGAGCAGAGAGGGGAGAGAUGAUACGAGUGCCAGCAGGCAUCCAUGCAUUCAGAUUCAGCCUUGCACAUUCAGACAGCGAAUGCUUUACCCUACCGCCACUUGCUACAGUCUGGCCAAGUCUUUUAAUCGUUAUAUCAACUACUAGUAGCAGGUGUUAUUCAUAGCCAGAUCAGAUGAGGAUGAACAAAUACAAAAUCAGCCUGGUUAACUGUUUAUUGUAAGUGUGUAAGCCGCUUGGCAUAGAUGCAAAACCGCAUGCAGUACAGUUGCAAAAACAUUGCUGACUGAUUGCCAAUCUGAAUCUGGUUCGGUUCCUC